UCGGGAAUGUUGUUGUGUUCAGGAGACGUGAGAGACAGAAAGGCGCGUCCCUCUGAAUGAAACAGAAGCAGCCAGGUUCCUCCAUCUGCAUAGCUAGAAACUAGAAAUCUUCAAUCAGGAACCAGAUCUCUAGGAAGAACUUCACUGGAUCCUCAAAAAUGGGCGAAGACGCCACACGUGCAGACCAGAGCGCAUCCACCUUGCCACCCUCGAACAACUCUGACUCCCUCGCUUCAGGAGAUGCGGAUGCACAGGAUCUGUUCGUGCCCAGUUCUACUCCUACGUCCCCGGUUCAGACGCUCACCCGCAGGAGUUCCAAAUCCCCAACCAGCCCUACAGGCACUGGAAACCCGGUGAGCGCCAUCACGGUGGUGGCUCUUCUGGACCAGCUGGUGGUGAUGAUUGAGACGGUGCAGGAGAACCAGAGACGCAUGGAGAAGCGACAGACUGACCUGGAGCACACCGUGCGGGCCGUGCAGGGCGACCUGACUCGUCUGACCAAGAGCCAUGGGACCACGUUGGGAGGCGUCAACAAGCUGCUGGAGCGCACUCGCAAGACCAGCCUGUACGUCAAGGAGGUGAGGGAGCGUCUGGAGCGUCAGAGCGGCCAGGUGAAGCGACUGGAGGGCAACCAUUCACAUCUGCUCAAGAGGAACCACUUCAAAGUGCUCAUCUACCAGGAGGACAAUGAGAUCCCCACAACACUGCUAACCAAGGAUUCAACAGCAGAUCUUGCCUCAACUUCCCAUGCAGAGGAUUCGACUGUCUCUCAGCGAGCAUCAGUCAUCGAUCCCGACCAUUCCCACGAGGAAGGAUUGCAGACCAUCAGCCUCUCCUCCGAUGAGGAUGAGGGUGCAGCGAGCCCCCCACAUGAAGGAGGCACAGACCAAGCAGAAGCAUCGGAGGAUGUAUUUCCAUUAGAAAGUGAGCAUCUGGAGUAUUCCCGUGCCGACAAGUUCAAGCGGUCCAGCCUGAAAAAGGUAGACAGUCUGAAGAAGGCCUUCUCGCGCAGCAGCAUUGAGAAGAAGAUCAACAAGAUUGUGCCCCCAGAACGACGUGAGAAACUCAUGAAGAGCUUCUCGCCCAACCAUCCCAAAAGCCCAACCAGCAAGAACUCCUCUUUCCGCGUCGUACCUUUGACCUUUAACGUCAAGAAGGUCCGAGAUGGAAAUGGGAAUGAUGAUGGAGAGGCUGGUCAGUCUGGAGAUCCCACUGCUACAGUGGAUAUGCCAGCCAUGGGUGGGCCGGACGGCCAGCUUCCAGUAGCGGAGGUCCAUAACGAAGAGCCAAUGAAUAAUGGGAAGGAUCACACUCCAUCCACUGCAGACAGCGCAGAUGGUGAUGCACCAGUUACAGAAAAUGGGCAAGAUGGGCCAGAAGAUGAGUCUGAAAAUGGUCCCUCAGACAAGCCUGCUAAAGAAGAGGAGUCACCAGAGAGCAAAGAGGCUGACAAGGAAAAUCAAGAGAAUGGCGAGGAUCAUGGUGGGGAAGAAGAGGAGGAAAAGUCCAGUCCUGCCCUAGAAGCUCUCCCGCCAGCUCCAGUAGCGGUCGAGCAAGCUUCAUAGAUUCACUGAACUUGGUCUGAUCACCAAAAUUAAACUUCUAAGGAAAACUUAGCAAAUCAUAUAAGCAAACGAUCUGUUCAGUGUCAGUUGUGUUACGCUGGAGUUAAUAGAAAAGGGAGCUUGUGUAAAAAGUCUUUUUAUUUUCAUAACUGGGCUCAACAUGUUAAUGGGUGAAAGCUAUUAAACAAACAGAAUGUCUUACCACACUUUAUAGAUUAGAGAUUAGAGUUAAACCUUUAUAUAACUUCACUGUUGUAUAUAACCUUAAAUUUCUAUUGCAUGCAUUGUAUCACUCUGUACAACAGAUUUAGAUCAUCUAGUGUGAUUCCAUACACAAAUUACCAGAUUAAUUCACAAAUAAAGAAUGUAAACAGUGUCUAUUCUAUGUAGUUUCUAAACUUUGAGUCUUUAAAAAAAAACAAUAAACUCAAAUCAGCAACUUUUAAGUAAGCUUAUGUUCUCUCUAUCUUCUUUCAAAAAAUAUAGAUCUAUAUUUGAGUAUUCACUACAUUAAACCGUUU